AUGAUUCCAAGACUGCGGGAGCAUAGACCUUCUGGCUGCAAUAGCCAGACUUUGCUGGAAUGCGACUAUUGGCAAAUGGGCUCUGAAAUGGCAAGCAGAAGUUCAUGUCUGGCGGUCGGUGCUGCCGGUACGACGCAGGCUUUCAGACUAUUGGAGAAAGGCCACAGAGUGGAUUAUGCCGAGAGAAGGGAUAAAGAGACCUCAAACCAGGAGCUCCUCUCAAUGCACACUUCAUGA